AUGGGCCUUUCUCUUGAACAACGUUCAUUAGCAACUGCAAUCCCUGGAAAAGCCAUCUACUCCAUGGCUGAUAUGUCUUUGACAAACCCAGAAGUUGUAAUGAAAGACUUGGAGCAUAGGGAGGUGCAGGAAGAAAUGGCCCAACAUCAAAACGUUCUCCCAAACCUACCAAGCGACAAUGGAAUGCAGUCCACUGAACAAGCAAUGGAAGUCGACGUGGAUAGCAUUAUGCAACAACGUGAAGAGAGUCAAUUGAUGUCCAUUGAUUUGACUGUUUCUCGCCCGGCCCCGACAUUCGACAAAUCUAUUUUCAAUUUUCAAACGUCUGCCAUUUCUGCAAAGGCCAGAGACAUUAAUUUCGAUCGGUCCCUAUUUGAUUUUACAAAGCCCACGGUGUCUUCCCCCUCCCCCCAGUCCAUCUUUGACUUUCAGAAACCUGGAAUCUCCUCCCCGAGCUUGGGCAUAAUGCCCACUUUUGACCAACCCAAACUCUCCUCCCCCACCAAUGAAGUUACUUUCGAUCGGGCCAUCUUCAAUUUUGAUAAACCCAAAGUGUCUUCCCCGGCCAAAGAUGUUGGUUUGGACCGGGCGAUGUUUGAUUUUACAAAGGCCACUGUUUCACCACAGUCGAUCUUUGAUUUUCAGAAACCUGGAAUGUCCUCCCCGGCCUCGGGCUCUCAUUUUUAG